CAUCAUUAUAUUCACAACUAAAGGUGAAUAAUUAAAUUCCAAAAGUGGCUUAUUACGCUAUCAAAAAGAAGAGAAAACUCGUUAUCUCAACUUUUUUUUAAAAAUGAAAGAGAUAAAAUAGAGUUAUACUGUAAUAAUCUACAAUCUGAAAACAUUUCGCUUGAUUUGAAAGCAUAUUGGGUUCUUCAAAUCGACGAAUUUGCAAAGGCAAACCCCAAUAUUAAAGUAAUCAAAGACUACUAUCUUUUUGAUUUCGUUGAUUUUGAAGUAGCCCGUAAAAAUCAUUUAUUGUCAAAUAAAAUGAAACGGGAUAUCAUGGAGAUGCGUACUUCUAUGGUGAAUAGUUUGUUCGUUAAUGGACAAACAGAAAAAGGCGGUAUCACUCCCCUAUCAAGUGUGUCUAUUUUUAAAAGACUUGAAAUAGAACGAAAAAAAUUGAACCAUGAAGAAGAGCUUCAUAAGAUAGAUCUUUUAUAUUAUCAUAUAAUCGAUUUUUCAACCUCCAAGCUCAGUAGUUCCACGUAUAAAGUAUUUACGAAAGAGGAACGCAAAAAGUACAACAAUGAUUAUAGAUCCUACAUGAAUAUACAUGCAGAAACAUCAAUCUCUGUGAAAGAUUCUGUAAAGAAUGCAGGAACCAUGAGACUAAAGGAUCUAUUAAAGAACGCAAAAAUAGCAAUAAGAAGUUCUAAUGGUACCAAAAACAAGAAGAAAGUAUUGAAAAUUUGUAAAUUAUAUGGUGAUAUACUCGAAACAGAUGACCAAAACAAAUUUCAUUGUUGUCUAAACGAAAUUGAAUACACACAUCAAUUCAUUUACCCUGCUUUGAAAGAAGUUUUGUAUGAUUUUCAAGUUAGAUUCAAACUUGGAGAGCCUCAUUUGCAAUGUGCCGCAGCAAACAUGAAUGAUGACCAGCGCACGCAAUCUGGACCAAAAAUGGAUAUCAUUAUGCUACACAAAGUACACCAAUUUGCAAUCAGCAUUUGCGAGGUACACCUUUUACCAAAACGGUGUCGCACUUUUUAAAAAAAUGAUGUCGUAUUUUUAAGAAAAAAUAGUGUCGCACAUUUUGAGAAAAUAGUGUCGCAUUUUCUAGAAAAAAGACAUUGCAUAAGUUAAACGACAUCUUCUUUUUUCUCGAAUUUACUUCAACAAUGAGCUAUAAAUUUAUCAUGGAAGAUGGAAACAGAAAAACUGUAGAUGAGGAUGGGAAUGAUCCUAUGGAGAUUGAAGAUGAGGAGGAUCCGUAUAAACUUGAUGAAUUAUCAUCUUAUACUGCUUAUAUGACAGUAGUAUGAAAUAUGCUUGCUACGGAAGAAAAAGUUUAAGACGUUCAGCCAGAAGCAAGUAAUAAUAAAGAAGAAAAAACAUAUCAUAAUAAGGGAGACUCAUCUCUGAAGGGAAACCGAAGCAACGAGGUUCAGGCACAUGC